AUUUGCAGAUUAAGCUUUAUUAUUCCUUUAGGCAAUUGUAAUUCUGUAGAAAUUAUAAUUCGUAUGGAUCAUAAUUGAAUAUUUAAAGAUAGUUUUUAAAGCUGUAAAGUUAGAUCGCCAGUAAAGUAAGAAAAUACUGCAGUAUCAGAGUAUCGAGACAACUUUCGGCAUGCAGUGAAAAUGGUUUUAUCAUCAAGACAACGAGAUGAGCUAAACAAUGCCAUAUCAGAAUAUCUCCGAUCAAAUGGGUAUGAUAAAGCCUUCAAUGCCUUCCGAAUGGAAGCCAACUUGUCUGAAAAUAUUGACAAGAAAUAUGAAGGACUCAUGGAAAAGAAAUGGACAUCUGUUGUUCGUUUACAGAGAAAGGUCAUGGAUUUGGAAUCCAAAUUGAAUGAAUUAAAAAAUGAAAGUAGAGAUGGAAUUGUACCAAGAGAUAGAAAAGAUCCGGCAGAAUGGAUACCACGACCACCGGAACGUCACUCAUUAAGCGGACAUCGAACACCGAUUACAAGAGUAGUUUUUCAUCCUGUGUAUUCAGUAUUUGUAUCUGCUUCUGAGGACACCACAAUAAAGGUAUGGGAUUAUGAAAACGGUGAUUUUGAAAAAACAUUGAAAGGACACACAGAUUCUGUUCAAGAUGUUAGUUUUGACAGUUCAGGAAAACUUUUAGCAUCUUGCUCUGCUGAUAUGACAAUCAAGAUUUGGGACUUUGACGCUUAUGAAUGUACAAAAACUUUACAUGGACAUGAUCAUAAUGUUUCAUCAGUUACGUUUAUGCCAAACGGGGAUCACUUGAUAUCAGCAAGUAGAGACAAAACAAUGAAACUAUGGGAGGUUGCUACAGGGUAUUGCAUUAAAACAUAUCUUGGGCAUCGUGACUGGGUUCGAAUGGUUCGACCUAAUGUUGAUGGAACUUUACUUGCCAGCGCAUCUAAUGAUCAAACGGUGAGAGUUUGGGUAACCUCAACAGCGGAAUCUAAAGCUGAAUUGCGGGAGCACUCUCAUGUUGUGGAGUGUAUAUCAUGGGCUCCGGCUACAUCGUUUCCAAAUAUUUGUGAGGCUGCUGGAAUUGAGACUAGAAAAGACUCAAAAGUUGGACCAUUUUUGGCUUCUGGAUCAAGGGAUAAAUCUAUUCGUAUUUGGGACGUUUCAACUUCACAAUGUGUAUUCGUACUUACGGGACAUGACAAUUGGGUUCGAGGUUUAUCUUUUCACUCGAGAGGAAAGUAUUUGCUCAGCGCCUCUGACGACAAGACUUUGAGAGUAUGGGACAUUAAAAAUAAAAGAUGUCACAAAACUCUUGCUGCCCAUGAGCAUUUUGUUACUACAUUAGAUGUUCACAAAACUGCACCUUAUGUUAUAACUGGUAGUGUUGAUCUUCUUGUCCGUGUGUGGGAAUGUCGCUGACGUUUGUCGUCAGGUUUAUUAAUAAUUUUUCCAAAGACAUUUUCACCCACUUUUGACUGGACAUUGACCAACUGGCACAUCCUCCACUACUCCUUCUUUUUCAAUGUCUCAACAACAGAAAGCCAUGAGAGGUCACAGAAUACCACAAGUGUGAUGGUCGUAACUAGUAAGCCUGUCUUCGGGUUGAAGUUCAUAGCAUUUUACCAGUUGAAUAUUAUGGCAUUGUGAUUUUCUAUUAUCAGUAAAGUUCCAAUACCUCAGAAUUUGACAAAGUAAAAAAGGGGAAUUUAUGAAAGAAUGAUGUGUAAAAUAAUACUGAAAUUUCAGGUAAAUCAUAGAAGUAAUUUAAUGAACUGAAUGGCAGGGUGUGUGUAAUAAUAUAUUCUAGAUCAAGGGUUCUCGAACUUUUGUUGUUAUGAAGCCUGCGAAGCGGUUGACUAUUAUUCACAGAGCUCCACAAUAAAUUUAUAAAAAUUAAAACAAAAAACACAUUGUUACUUACCGAAUAAUGUUCCUGUGUAUAUUGAAAUUUCUUUAUUUAAUGACCCGGAUGUAUUUAUUGCUUCUUUGCAAAGUUACAAAAUUAGUGAAUCAUCAUUUUAUUGGGUGAAUGAAUCGCUUGCGGAGCCUUGGGGAUUGUCCCACGGCAAGCCCUGGGGCUCCGUUAGGAUCACUUUGAGAACCUAUGUUCUAGUAGAUCAUAAUUAAAAAAUUGAUCUGUUAAAUGGAAAAUUUCAGAAAAAAUACAUAAUUUUGACUAUCUAUACCUUUGCGAUGGUUUCAUUUCAAAUUUCGUUUAAAUCAAGUUCUAUGAAGAAAUUUUAGAAGUCUCAAAAAAUGAGCCAUCAUCAGAUUCUGUUUUUUACAUGCCUUUCUAGUUCAUUAGAUUACGAUCACGGUUUACUUGAAUCUUCAAGUCUCUUUGUCUAUGUAUUGUAAUGUGCAUCAAUAUAGGCUCCUUUUUCCCCCAGAUAGUUCUGUCCAAGCUCUCUGAAAUUGGGUUUGGAAUAAAUAAACUUGAAAUAUUCACAUUCGAGUUUGAAUUAAUUCCCGGCUUUCUAUUGUUUCAAAAUGAAUACUUUAUUUUCCAUAUUGUGUCUCUCAAGCAUGAUCAUCCUAGAUAAUGGACACAUAACAUUUGAAACAAAAUAUUUUUCCAAGUUACGAAAAGUGCGUUCAGUGACUUUAUUUUCCCACUGCGCAAGUGAAGUAAGUCCUGCUUCAAUCUCUAUAUCUUGAGACAGGUGUUGGAAAAAUAGGACAUUUUUUGUUUAGAAUACACUUCUGGACUAUGUGUAUUGGUUUCGGAGUCUUUAACUAAACUUUAGUUUUGGAGAUGUGGUUUAUUGCUGGAAAAUUUAACAAUUUAUUUGCCAUAUAUUUGAAUACUAUCUGAAUGAUUUGCCGGCACCAUUGGCUCAGCUUUUUUUUCGAUCUGGCAAUGAUGGAUUAAGUCUCUACACAAGGUUGGAAUUAAUGAUUCACAGAUUACACUAUAAGUAGUAUACUUUCUUUCAUUGAUAAAACUGUUUCUUUCAGUUGUUUUAUUCAUAGAGAAAUGUGCUUAAUUCUAAGCUUGGUGUAAUGUAAAGAAGUAUUCCAUUUUCAUAGACCAUUUCCUAAGCAAUGGAAGUGAAUGAUUCUAAAAGUCGCUAAGUUUAGUGAAUAUCACAUCUGGUUAUAUAGGCAAAACCUCCGAAGGUAAUAAAUUGUUGUGCACUACUACUGAAAUUAUCUAACACAAUUUUACUUAAAUAUAUUACUACUAUUAUUGUAUUUAUAUUAAAUGUGGCUGCCAUUUUGGUCUUUCCGUUUACACCAAGGUUUUGACUAAAAUUAUGAGUGUUGGCAGUCAAAUGUUGCCAUCAAUAUAACCACUUAGUGACAUUCAUGGUAAAAAUGUAAUUCCUGAUUAACCGGUUCGGACCAGUUGAAACUUGCGCUUUUCCAUUAAAAUCUCAAAAUAAACAAUGGCAUUUUUCGAUGUUGGUACUGCUGCAUGUUUGUGGUUAAAUCUAAAUAAAAUUAAAUAUAUGUAUGAACUAUUGUA